UUCGAGGUCUUCACCUCGCUAAGAUAUGAUCCAGCGCUGCUCACCUGCGAAGAGAAUGGACAUAAGGACGUGAGCUUUGGGACGCCAACCCCGUUUUAUAUGAUCCGAUUACACCGCGAUCGGAUGUUUGAGGCGGUGUUGCAUUUUGAGUUUGGAGCGGCUGUGGGGUUGCUUGCUGAUGGGGAGCGGUUGGAGGAGACGCUGCUCAAAGAGGUGAAGAGAUGGCAGAGAAAUGAGAAUGCGACAGAUGGAGCUUUGAAGAUUCGUAUUCUGUUUUCGAAAUUGGGCUCCAUGAAGGUCGAGAUAUCUCCCGUUCCCCCAGUUCCUCGCUGGAUGCUCUACCCAACCACUCUCAACCUCACCGCCCAAUCCAAAGACAUGACGCGGCCCACUAUCCCCUUUACCCCAUCCCCUCGGACUGGCGGCGCCUUGACAUUAGGGAGUGAUGACUCGCUUCCGAAUCCCACCACGACCACGAGCUCCGGGAUUCCUUCUCCCACAUGGGACCUUCAUCUAGACUCUGCACCAAUUCCAACGUCUCCGUUCACCACUCUCAAAACUACACACCGCACAUUCUAUAAUGAGGCCCGGUCACGGUCACUCCCAGAUCCGAGCAAGCAGAUCGAUGGCGCCCCUAGCGCCAUUGUAAACCAUGAAGUCUUGCUAUACGACGCGCAGGGGAUCAUCAUCGAAGGCUCGACUACGACCCCUUACUUCUGGAGAGACGGACGGUGGGUGACCCCCGAUGUGGGCAAUGCGGGGGAGCCGGUUGGAAAGGGUGGGCAGAGGGGAACGACCAGGCGGUGGGCAUUGAUGAAGGGGCUUUGUGAAGAAAAGCAUGUUACGCAGGACAGUGUGAAGGUCGGCGAUGAGGUAUGGGUUAGUAACGGGGUGAGAGGAUUUGGUUUAGGAAGAGUGGUU